UAGCUUUUACCGGAAGUUUAUAAGCACAUCUUCGAAAACACAGACAGAGGAGAAGAAAACAUGGAGCUCUUCGUGAUUUCACCGAAUUUGAGGUUUACUAACCUGACUGUCGGCCCGGAUUCCACUGUCAGCGAUCUUAUCAGUCAUUUUGCCGUUAAAGAGGGCGUCUGUUGUACGGAUUUCUAUGUGAAGAGUAAUGGCCGUGUCUCUGACAGUGAUGACCCUCUUCAGUCCGGAGUUGUUUACCGUCUGGAGCCUCGGUUACGAGGAGGCAAAGGAGGAUUUGGCUCUAUGUUGAGGGCCCUCGGUGCACAAAUCGAAAAGACCACAAACCGCGAGGCCUGCAGAGAUCUUAGUGGAAGAAGACUUCGAGACGUCAAUCAUGAGAAAGAAAUGGCAGAGUGGUUGAAAAAGCAAUCCGACCGAGAGGCGGAAAAGGAGCAGCGUCGUCUAGAGCGGAUUCAGAGGAAGUUGGCCGAGCCAAAACAUUAUUUCACUGACCCGAAGUAUGAACAGCAGUGCCACGACCUCUCAGAGAGACUGGAGGACUCUGUAUUGAAAGGCAUGCAGGCUUCCUCUAGUGGUCUCGUUCAGGCGGACGAGAAACUGAGCCGCAAGCGUCCGUCACCAACCGACGGCCAAAAGAAAGCAAAGAAGACGUGUUUCUGGUCUGGCAUUGGAGAACUGGAAGACAUGGGCAGCUCUGGUGAAGGAAGUGAUGACAGUGACAGCGAGGGCUCUCCAUCCACCUCUGGGGCUUCUUGUAGCUCAGAUAUUUCCAAACCAGCUGUGCCAGCUUCAACCACCAGGGGGAGCGACAGGACAGAACCUCAGGGCCAGCCCAGCAGCACCAGCAGCUCCUCCUCGAGUCCAACGAGCUCCCCAACACACAACCAGGAAGAGGUGCAGGAGGAGGCCGAGAAGGAACGUACAGCUGAUGAUAUCAGCCAAAACAGCAGCACAGAAGAGAAGUUGCAGGUCGAUAUCAGCCAAAAUGGCAGCACUGGAGAGAAGAUGGAGGUUGAUAUCAGCCAAAACAUUGGCACAGAAGAAGAGAAAGUUCAGGUUGAUCUCAGUCAAAAUCGCAGCACAGAAGAGAAGGUGCAGGAUGACAUCAUUAAAAACUGCAGCACCGAACAGAAGUUGCCGGUUGCGCCCACAGAAGCACAGAGCGGCCCAGCCGAGAGCAGUCAGGCACUGGAAGUGGCGGAGGGUCCACUGGAUCUGCUCUCUGCGAGUGGGCCGGAGCAGCUGGAGGCCUUGGGUCUGGAGCGGCUGAAGAAAGAGCUGAUGGAACGAGGGAUGAAGUGUGGAGGAACGCUGCAGGAACGGGCUGCCCGUCUGUUCUCCGUCAGAGGACUGGCUGCGGAUCAGAUUGACCCUGCGCUCUUGGCCAAAGCCAGCAAAGCCAAGGGCAAGAAGAAAUAACGUGCUGUUCCUAAACAGUCAACUGUUUUUGACUUGCGCUUUGCUUUGCGGUGUGUUUGUAAAAAUCUAACACCUCAUUUUGAAAAAUUCCCAGUUUGGGAGAAUUAAGUUUGUUUUUAUUUUUCUUUCUGGUCAGAUGCUAAACAAUUCAAUGUAUUUUUCUGUUAGUAAAACAUCACAAGUUACGUAAGCUGCGACUGUGUACCAUAAAUCCUUCGAUUACUUAGUCAUUGUAAAUAGCUAUUUUGAUUCAUACAGAUGUGUACUGGAAAUCAGUCACGUUUAUGAUGUGGUUGGGAUAGAUUUUCAACAGUCCACUUAUUUUUAGCCAACCGUUUGUUCACAUUGCGCAGUAUUUGAUUUUAUGGUCCAUUUUGCUCUUGAUUUUAUGGUUGAGUAAAAUAUUGUUGCACUA